AUUUAAUCAUUAUAACACAUCAAAUGCAUUUUACAUUUAAUAAUUCAAGCUCAAACAAUAAUGUAGCUUUAUCUCAAUAUUAUUUUGAUGAAGAUUGUUCCAAUCAAGAGUCAUCAAGACUAUCAAGACCACCAGAAAAAAAACGAAAACAUGCUGGAGGAAAAAAAGAAGAUUCUAUAUGGGAUUAUGUUAAUAAAAGUACUGCUUUAGAACGAGGGUUUUAUAUGGCCGAUUGUAAAUGGUGUAAUACAAAUUGA